AUGAGACCUGGGGUGAAGAACAUGAACCAGGCCAUGUCUCCUGGAGAAGGUGGGAUUUCAGCAGGGUUUGGAGGAGAGAGUGAGCUGAGUUCUGGUGGAUUUGAUGAGGGGAAGAAGUUCCACGCAGACACAGUGAGAAAUGCAGAACAAGUGUGCCUCCUUUCACCUUUGUCUUCCACAGGUUCCAAGGUGUUCGUAAAUUCAGCUAGGGUUGUUGCAAGAGAUGCCAGAAAUGGCCCCUGGCAGAAAACAUUUCUUUUCAAGUGGUUCACUAAGGAGCGCUACCAAGCCAAUUCCCACCUGUCUUUAACACUCCAACAGUUUCACGUGAGCAGCACAAUGAUUCAAACACAUGCCAUUGCCUCAUUUCGGGAGCUGCAUUCACUCCUUCAGGCCACAAUGGGUGAUUUAGGGCCCUGCAGCAGUAAUACAUUAAAUGUUGCCCAUGGAUCUGUCAGAAGGAAAACAACUCUUUACGUGCCCAGGUUCCAGGUCAGACAAAGACUUGAACAAAUUCAGGGUAGUGAGAGGGUCGGGUACUUGGAAGAGAGAGAGAGAGAGGAUGGUUGGAGUGGGGAGCAAGGGUGGAAAAUAACAUGGAGGAGAGGAGUGAAGUCUGGGGGCUAUCCCUUGCCCACAGAUUUCUCAUUUGAGUCUGCCACCUGCCUGCAGUCCCCAGAUCUUCUGUUGAUUUUAGAACUUUGUGAACUUGCCCCUCUUCUUCCUAUCUUUCCUGCUUCUCCUAUUAACCACUGUUUUUUUUCCUUUGACCUGUCUGCCCUACAGGACCCAGCCUUCCCUUCUGGGAUUCACGAUAAGCUCCAGGUCCCCAACACCACCCGGAAAGCGUGGAAUGAACGAGACAACAGGUGCGACAUAUGUGCUACCCACCUGAACCAGCUGAAGCAGGAGGCAAUCCAGAUGGUGCUGACCUUGGAACAGGCCACCAACAGUGAGCAUUACGAUGGCUCGCCUGGCUCGCCCCCACCGCUCUCCAACGUCCCCACCCUUGUGGGGUCCCGGGGGCAAGUGGGGACUCCCCAGCAGCCCAGAGAUUGGGCCUUCGUGCCUGCCCCCUAUGCCUCCUCCAAUUAUACAGGCGUCGUGGCCAAUAAGCACAGUGGCAAACCCAAUAGCCUUGGGAUAGUCAAUGGGGCAGAAAAGAAGAUUGGAUCUCCAACUCACCAAGCCAAGUCCAGCCUCCAAGUGGCCACCAGCCCCAGCAAUGGCAACAUCCCCAACUCAGUCGCCAUCCAAGCCCAUCAGUAUGUGGACGCCACCUGGUCGCUGUCGAGAACUAAUGGAGUCACCCUGUACCCCUAUCAAAUCUCCCAGCUGAUGAGUGAGACUGGCCGAGAGGGACUCUCUGAAGCAGCACUGAACCGCUACAAUGCAGACAAACCCUCCUUAUAUAGCUUCCCUGGCCCCACGAGCGCCUACGUUACCAGCGAAGCGUCCACUGGCACCUCAGUAGCUGCCUCUUUCUUCGCCAGAGCUGCUCAAAAAUUGAACUUGUCUUCCAAAAAGAAGAAGCAUCGACCUUCUGCAUCUUCAGUGUCAGAAUCUCCACUCUUUGCUACCAAUUUCAGCGGGAUUCUGCAACUAUCCCCUCCCCCUGCACCACCGUGUCUGCUGAGGGCAGUUAACAAAGUGAAAGACACCCCAGGCCUGGGAAAGGUGAAAGUCAUGGUACGCAUGUGUUCUACACUCGCCAGGGACACAUCUGAGUCCAGCUCCUUUUUAAAGGUGGAUCCGCGGAAGAAGCAGAUCACCCUGUACGACCCUUUGACCUGUGGGGGUCAGAACACUUCCCAGAAAAGAGGCAACCAAGUUCCCCCCAAGAUGUUUGCCUUUGAUGCUGUUUUCCCCCAAGAUGCAUCUCAGGCCGAAGUGUGCGCAGGGACGGUGGCGGAGGUGAUCCAGUCUGUCGUGAACGGGGCCGAUGGUUGCGUGUUCUGUUUUGGCCACGCCAAGCUGGGGAAAUCCUACACCAUGAUCGGGGAGGAUGAUUCCAUGCAGAACCUGGGCAUCAUCCCUUGCGCCAUCUCCUGGCUCUUUAAGCUGAUCAACGAACGCAAAGAAAAGACGGGUGCCCGAUUCUCGGUCCGGAUAUCGGCUGUUGAAGUGUGGGGAAAAGAAGAAAACCUGAGGGACUUGCUUUCUGAGGUGGCUACGGGCAGCCUGCAGGACGGUCAGUCUCCCGGUGUCUACCUCUGCGAGGACCCCAUCUGUGGCAUGCAGCUCCAGAACCAGAGUGAGCUGCGGGCUCCCACCGCGGAAAAGGCUGCCUUCUUCCUCGAUGCAGCCAUUGCCUCCCGCCGCAGCAACCAGAGGGACUGUGAUGAAGAGGACCACAGAAACUCCCACAUGCUCUUCACACUGCACAUCUACCAGUACCGCAUGGAAAAGAGUGGAAAAGGUGGAAUGUCUGGAGGUCGCAGUCGCUUGCACCUUAUCGAUUUGGGCAGCUGUGUGAAAGCACUUGGCAAAAAUCGUGAAGGAGGAUCUGGCCUCUGCCUCUCGCUGUCAGCUCUGGGUAAUGUCAUCCUGGCCCUCGUCAAUGGCAGUAAACAUAUCCCAUACAAAGACAGCAAGCUGACAAUGUUGCUGCGGGAAUCCCUGGGGAACCUGAACUGCCGCACUACCAUGAUCGCCCACAUCUCGGCAGCCGCUGGGAACUAUGCAGAAACCCUGUCGACCGUCCAGAUCGCAUCCAGGGUCCUGAGGAUGAAGAAAAAGAAAACCAAGUACACAUCGAGCUCGUCCGGCGGCGAGAGCUCAUGCGAAGAGGGCAGGAUGCGCAGGCCGACCCAGCUGAGGCCCUUCCAUCCGCGCAGUGCUGGGGACCCUGAUUUCCCGCUGCUUCACCUGUCCAGCGACCCAGACUACUCCUCCAGCAGCGAGCAGUCCUGCGACACCGUCAUCUACGUCGGCCCCAACGGCACGGCCCUGUCUGACAAGGAGCUGACGGACAAUGAGGGGCCCCCGGACUUUGUGCCCAUCGUCCCCGCCUUGCAGAAGGCCAAGACCGACGGGAGGCCCGAGGAAGUGGUGGAGAGUGCCUCGAGAAAGUCCGAGCGGGACUGUCUGAAGUGCAACACGUUCGCCGAGCUCCAGGAGAGACUGGACUGCAUCGAUGGCAGUGAGGAGACCACCAAGUUUCCAUUUGAGGAGCUCCCGGUCCAGUCGGGGGCUGAUAGGGCGACCAGGCCCAGCCGUGGAACCGAGGUCCACCCGCCCACCGAGCCCGAGAAGGAGGAGCGGGGGCCCAACUGGCAGCCAGCGGAGAGGGAAGGGCAGGAGGGCGGCCAGCCCGGGGCCGCCCCCAGACUGCAGAGAAAUCAGUCCCCAGCCCCCACGCCCCCUUCGCCCCGCAGUGUCCCCGGCAGCUCAGGAGGGCAGCUCAGCUCUCCCCAGCUCGUGCACAGCCCCAGCCUAAGGAGCAGCAGGGAAAGCCUCAACUCCUGUUCCUUUGCAGAAGGAAAACCCAGGCCAAUGGGCUCCCCCCGCCUUGGGAUCGCGAGCCUCUCCAAGACUUCUGACUACAAGCCACCCCCCAGUUCUCCCUCCCAGAGGUGCAAGGUGUACACCCAGAAAGGCGUGCUGCCCAGCCCCGCGCCCCCGAGCAAGGAUUCGGGCACCGCCCCGAGCGAGUGCCUUCUCCAGCCAGAGGUCCGGACGCCCCCUGUAGGGAUGAGUCCACAGGUGGCCAAGAGGUCGGUGUCGGGGGCGCCCCCCUCCGGAGAACAGUCUCCCACCCCGUCGCCCAAGAAAGAGAGCUGGAACAACUCCGUCGCCGCCACUGCCACCACCACGGUUACGGUCCAGCAACCCCUGGAGCUCAAUGGUGAGGACGAGCUAGUGUUCACUCUGGUCGAGGAGCUGACCGUCGGCGAGGGCCCCGAGAACGGACGUCCCCCUAGCAUCAUCAGCUUCAACAGCGACUGUUCGGUUCAGGCCCUGGCCUCGGGCUCCCGGCCGGUCAGCAUCAUCAGCAGCAUCAGCGAGGACCCGGAGGCCUACUCUGGGUCCGCCCCCGACUCUGAAGUUGGGGCCUUGCAUUCUUCGCCUCUCCCCUCGCCUACCCUCGAGGACGGGGCCCGGGACUCCCGGGACGCCCCCAGCAGCCGGCGCUCCUCCAUCAGUUCCUGGCUUAGUGGGAUGAGCGCCGGAAGUGACAGCGAGCAGUCGGGCCACAGCUUCGGCACCCAGCCCGGCUAUGGGCCCAGGGAGGCACUGGCCGAACCGCCUUCCUCGGAGCUGGCAAGUGGCAGGCAGAGUGCUGGCCUGGGGCGUGGCCCACCCCAGCCACGGGAGGAGGCCAGCCCCAGAGACCUGCCUGUCGGGCCCGGGUCAGAGGACGAGGAGGAGGAAGCGCCCAGCAGGGCCCUGGCUGUGACGGCCCACAAGAGGCCCGCCUCAGGGAAAGCGGAGGUCACCGGCAGCCCGGGCGGCUGUGACGGCCACAUCCCCACAAAGACCGGAGUCUCAGGGGGCCCUUGCGACGUCCAAACCCCUGAGGUCUUUGACCCACUGGUCAUUCCCACAGUCCGGGCAGGUGGCCCUCCGGAGGACAUGGGCGUCAGCCCAAAGCGAGAGCUCAAGUUCGAGGACCCGUGGCUGAAGCGGGAAGAGGAGGUGAAAAGGGAAGAUUGGGCCUGUUCCAGCACCCCUAGGCUGGAGCCGGGCCUGGACCAGGAGCAGAGCCAGAAGCCCAAGUCGACCGACAGGUUCAGCAGCGGCAGCAGCGGGGAAACGUUCAACUCCCCCGUGUCAGACCACCUGAAGAGGAUUGUAGACGGCUGUGAGGUGGCCUUGCCCCGCUCGGCCAGCCAGAGCCCCGUGCGCGGCCCCGGCGGGCCCAAGGCCAGCAGCCUGCCUAGGGCCUUCCUGAGGGCCGGCAGGCAGGAUGACCCGGAUGUCAUCUUCUACCACUGUGCUGCCGAAAGCAAUGGGCUCGUUGGGGCCCAGGCUUCUAGGGCCCCCCUGGACAGGAGGGUGGCUUCCCCCAAGCACUGUGUUCUUGCUCGCCCCAAAGGGAUCCCCCCGCUGCCCCCUGUCAGGAAGUCCAGCCUGGAUCAGAAAAACCGGGCCAGCCCCCAACAUGGCGCGGGCAGCAGCAGCCCCCCAACCCAGCCGGCUGGCUUCCCCGCCACGUUCCCCGACGAGCUCAGCGGCAAGGCAAAGGAGUCCGCCGGCGGCAUAGGCGGCAGCAGCAGGCUGUUCAGCGCCAAGCUCGAGCAGCUUGCCAGCCGGACCAACUCCCUGGGCCGGGCGACGGUGAGCCACUACCAGUGCCUGUCACUGGAGCGUGCCGAGAGCCUGGCAUCAGUUGGCUCCCGUCUGCCCCCCGGCAAAGAUAGCACCAUGCCCAGGGCUAGCCGCAGCCUGUGUCGCUCAGCAGUGUCCUCCUCGCCACCCAGUGCUGGCCCGGCCCAGCUCCUGGGGGCCUCCCCUAAGGCCUCCCCGUCCAAGAUUUCCGCUGUGAGCAAGCUCCUCUUGGCUAGCCCCAAAGCCCGCAGCCUGUCCACUGCCGCCACCAAGAGCCUGAGCUUUUCCACCAAGUCACUGCCCCAGUCAGUGGGGCAGAGUGCGACGGGCCCGCCCCCGAGCACCAAGCACAUGUCCUGGUCCACCCAGUCCCUCAGCCGCAGCCGCGGCUCGGGUCUCGCCUCCAAGCUGCCCCUGCGGGCCGUCAACGGCCGCAUCUCGGAACUGCUGCAGGGAGGCCCUGGCCUGCGCGGGCCAGCCGAGGCCGAGGAGCGGGGCGGCCCGCCUGGGGAGGAGAAGCUGGCCGCCCCCGCCCUGCCUUCCCCCUACAGCAAGGUCACCCCGCCGCGGAAGCCUCAUCGCUGCAGCAGUGGCCACGGCAGUGACAACAGCAGCGUGCUGAGCGGGGAGCUCCCGCCGGCCAUGGGGAAGACGGCCCUGUUCUACCACAGUGGUGGGAGCAGCGGCUACGAGAGCAUGAUGCGGGACAGCGAGGCCACCGGGAGCACCUCCUCUGCUCAGGAUUCCAUGAGCGAGAACAGCAGCUCGGCUAGCGGCCGGUGCCGGAGCCUCAAGACGCCCAAGAAGCGGGCCAAUCCAGGUUCUCAGAGGCGGAGGCUGAUCCCUGCCCUCUCCCUGGACACCACCUCCCCAGUGAGGAAGGCCGCCAGCGGUCCGGGCCUCCGUUGGGUUGACGGUCCCAUGCGCAGUGCACCACGGGGCCUUGGGGAACCCUUCGAGAUCAAGGUCUACGAGAUUGAUGACGUGGAGAGGCUCCAGAGGCGGCGUGGUGGGGACGGCAAGGAGCUGGUCUGCUUCAACGCAAAGCUGAAGACCCUGGAGCACCGCCAGCAGCGGAUCGCCGAGGUCCGGGCCAAGUACGAGUGGCUAAUGAAGGAGCUGGAAAUGACCAAACAGUAUCUGAUGCUGGAUCCCAACAAGUGGCUCAGUGAAUUUGAUCUGGAGCAAGCAUUCGAGCUGGAUUCUCUGGAGUACCUGGAGGCCCUGGAGUGCGUCACGGAGCGCUUGGAGAGCCGAGUGAACUUCUGCAAGGCCCACCUCAUGAUGAUCACCUGCUUUGACAUCACUUCCAGACGUCGGUAAAGAGACAGUGAGUGCGGGAUGCGUCCCCUUCCCUCCUCCCUCCCCACUCCAUUUCUCUCCUGGUUCCUCUCCCCUCCACCAGGACUUCAGAGACGGUCCAACGCCCCCGUCCCCACUGCACAAGCACCCAAAGACUACAGAAUGAGGAGGAAGGUCGAUGACAAGUCCAGAUGGAGCGUGUGUGGAAGGGGAUUUUGUUUUCGUGUCUCCCGGCUCCCCAACACCAAGUGCCACAGGAGACAAGAGGAGGCUGCGGCCCCCAGGGCCGCCACCUCCCCCAUGAGACUGACAGAGCACUUUGAGAAACCUUAAAGGACGUGUUUGUAUAUAGGAACUGCUGGUGGGAGAACCCAGAGCUUCCCCCGCUGUGGCUGAGGAAGGGCCGCCGGGAGGCCGAGCUUGCUGACUGAAAGCUAAGAGAGAAAACAUUACCCAGAACGACUGUUCAAGUGCCUUGCAAAUCUUUAUUAUCCAAACAUUUAUGUUCAUACUUUCUUGUGUACAGAUGGUGCUAGUCAAAAAAGAACAAAACAAACAAAAAAGAAUCAAAGCCCAUUUUUGAAAUGUAUUUACAGCUCGUUUUCUCUUGGUGUUUUAUCCUAUUUCUGACUUGCUGUUUCUAAGUAACUUGUGUUUGUAGAGAUAUUUCCUAAUCAGUACAGCUUAUGAAUGAGUAAA